GUAAGGCGCCCCCUCCCCCCGCACAUCUGCUGGUGCUCCAGAUUGAGGGGCAGGGCGGGGCUUCUCGGAAAGAGAACCCGCGGGGCGGGGCCGAGGGAAGGUGCCCUACGGGAAGGAGGAAGCACGGGCCGACGACGCGACUCGACAGCGCGGAAGCUCCAGGGCGGCCCGCCAUGGCUGCAGGAGUCCCCGGCGCGGGCUCCGCGACCCCCGCCCUCUCCAUGUCCUCCCUGCCCCUGGCUGCGCUCAACGUGCGAGUACGACGACGCCUGUCGCUGUUCCUGAACGUGCGGACGCAGGUUGCGGCCGACUGGGCCACACUGGCAGAGGAGAUGCAGUUCGAGUACUUGGAGAUCCGGCAGCUGGAGAAGCACUCCGACCCCACGGGCAGACUGCUGGACGACUGGCAGGGACGCCCCGGCGCCUCGGUGGGCCGUCUGUUGGAGCUGCUAGCUAAGCUGGGUCGCGAUGAUGUGCUGCUGGAACUGGGGCCUAGUAUCGAGGAGGAUUGCCAAAAGUAUAUUCUGAAGCAGCAGCAGGAGGAGUCUGAGAAGCCCUUACAGGUGGCUGCUGUAGACAGCAGCGUCCCACGGACAACAGAGCUGGCGGGCAUUACCACACUUGAUGACCCCCUGGGGCAAAUGCCUGAGCGAUUUGAUGCUUUUAUCUGCUACUGCUCCAGCGACAUCCAGUUUGUGCAGGAGAUGAUCCAGCAGCUGGAACAGACAAACUAUCGGCUGAAGUUGUGUGUGUCCGACCGCGAUGUCCUGCCUGGCACCUGUGUCUGGUCUAUCGCCAGUGAGCUCAUUGAGAAGAGGUGCCGCCGGAUGGUGGUGAUUGUCUCAGAUGACUACCUGCAAAGCAAGGAGUGUGACUUCCAGACUAAGUUUGCGCUCAGCCUGUCUCCAGGUGCCCAUCAGAAGCGACUGAUUCCUGUCAAGUACAAGGAAAUGAAGAAAGAGUUCCCCAGCAUCCUGCGGUUCAUCACUGUCUGCGACUACACCAACCCCUGCACCAAAAACUGGUUCUGGACUCGCCUUGCCAAAGCCUUGUCCCUGCCCUGAAGACGGCCCCGGGACCCGGGGUGUGCGUGUAUCUGUCUGCCUGUAUGUGAACUUCUGCCCCGGCCUCCCCCUGUGGUUGUAGGGGGCUGCGCCCCACUUGCCUCUCAAUUC